GCCUGCGCCUCUUGACAGAGACUCUCAAAUCCCGUGGAAUUGAAUUUAAUCAUUUCCUGACAAAAGAAUGCAAUUUCAACUGACCCUUUUUUUGCACCUUGGGUGGCUCAGUUACUCGACAGCUCAAGAUGAAUGUAGCAGGGGUGCCUGUCGUCCCACCACCGGCAACCUCCUCGUGGGCCGCAACACGCAGCUUACGGCUUCUUCUACCUGCGGGCUGCACGGAGCCCAGAAAUACUGCAUCCUCAGCUACCUGGAGGGGGAACAAAAAUGCUUCAUUUGUGACUCGAGAUUUCCAUUUGAUCCACACACCCAACCCAACAGCCACACCAUCGAGAAUGUAAUUACAAGCUUUGAACCAGACAGAGAAAAAAAAUGGUGGCAAUCUGAAAAUGGUCUUGAUCAUGUCAGCAUCAGGUUGGACCUAGAGGCAUUAUUUCAGAUCAGUCACCUGAUAUUAACGUUUAAGACUUUUCGGCCUGCUGCGAUGGUAGUUGAACGUUCUGCAGACUGUGGACGUACCUGGAAAGUGUUCAGAUAUUUUGCAAAAGACUGUGCUACUUCCUUUCCUGGCAUCACAUCUGGCCAGGCCCAGGGAGUGGGAGACAUUGUCUGUGACUCCAAAUAUUCGGAUAUUGAACCCUCAACUGGUGGUGAGGUUGUGUUAAAAGUUUUGGAUCCCAGCUUUGAAAUAGAAAACCCUUACAGCCCUUAUAUCCAGGAACUUGUAACAUUAACAAACCUGAGGAUAAACUUUACCAAACUCCAUACCCUGGGAGAUACUUUGCUUGGAAGGAGGCAAAAUGAUUCCCUUGACAAAUACUACUAUGCUCUGUACGAGAUGGUUGUUCGGGGAAGCUGUUUUUGCAAUGGCCACGCUAGUGAAUGUGGCCCUGUGCAGGAGGUGCGGGGAGAUGUUUUCAGCCCUCCUGGAAUGGUUCAUGGUCGGUGUGUCUGCCAGCACAACACAGAUGGCCUGAACUGUGAGAGGUGCAAGGACUUCUUCCAGGACAUUCCUUGGAGGCCAGCUGCAGGCCCCCAGGACAGCACUUGCAGACAGUGUAUCUGUAAUGGCCACUCUGACCGCUGUCAUUUCGACAUGACCGCAUACUUGGCCAGCGGCAGUGGGGGCGUGUGUGAAGAUUGCAGGCACAACACCGAGGGACAGCACUGCGACCGCUGCAGACCACUUUUCUACAGGGACCCCCUCAAGGCCAUCGUGGACCCUUAUGCAUGCAUUCCUUGUGAAUGUGACCCUGAUGGGACCAUAUCUGGUGGCAUUUGUGUGAGCCCCUCUGACCCUGCCUUGGGGUCUGUGGCCGGCCAGUGCCUGUGUAAGGAGAAUGUGGAAGGAGCCAACUGCGACCAGUGCAAGCCCCACCAUUACGGACUGAGUGCCGAUGACCCCCUCGGCUGUCAGCCCUGCCACUGCAACCCCCUUGGGAGUCUGCCACGCUCGAUCUGUGACAUGGAUACAGGCCAAUGCUUGUGCCAGCCCUAUGCCACUGGACCACACUGCGAUGAAUGCAUGGUUGGAUACUGGGGCCUGGGAAAUCAUCUCCAUGGAUGUUCUCCCUGUGACUGUGAUAUCGGAGGUGCUUAUUCUAACACGUGCUCGCCCGGGGACGGGCAGUGUGAAUGCCGCCCGCACAUCACUGGCCGCAGUUGCACGGAACCAGCCCCCGGCUACUUCUUUGCUCCUUUGAAUUUCUAUCUCUACGAGGCAGAAGAAGCCACGCCACUCCAAGGACUUGCACCUUUGAACUCAGUGACUUUCGGCCAGGCGCCUGCUCUUCACAUUGUUUUCCGAGAGCCCAUUCCUGGGAACCCUGCUACGUGGACUGGACCUGGAUUCGCCAGGGUUCUCCCUGGGGCUGGCUUGAGAUUUGCUGUCAACAACAUUCCCUUUCCCAUGGACUUCACCAUUGCCAUUCGCUAUGAAGCUCAGUCUGCAGCUGACUGGGCUGUCCAGAUCGUGGUUAGCGCCCCCGGAGAGAGCAAGUACUGCACACACAAGACUCCAGAGCCACAGCCUCAGGCUUUUGCCUUACCAGCGGCUGCCAGGAUCGUGCUGCUUCCCACACCCAUCUGUUUAGAACCAGAUGUACAAUAUUCCAUAGACGUCUAUUUUUCUCAGCCUUUGGAUGGAGAGUCCCACGCACAUUCACACAUCCUGGUUGACUCUCUUGGCCUUGUUCCCCAAAUCAAUUCAUUGGAGAAUUUCUGCAGCAAGGAGGACUUCGAUGAGUAUCAGCUGCACAGCUGUGUUGAAAUUGCCUCGGAAAUGGAACCUCCAGUGCUCCCUGGUGCAUGUGAAAGGCUUAUAGUCAGCAUGUCUGCCAAGCUACACAAUGGGGCAGUGGCCUGCAAGUGUCACCCGCAGGGCUCAGUCGGGUCCGGCUGCAGCCGACUUGGAGGCCAGUGCCAGUGUAAACCUGGUGUGGUUGGGCGCUGCUGUGACAGGUGCUCAACUGGAAGCUAUGGUUUGGGGCAUCGUGGCUGUCACUCAUGUCACUGCCACCCUCAAGGCUCAAAGAACGCUGUAUGUGACCAAAUAACAGGACAGUGCCCCUGCCAUGGAGAGGUGGCUGGCCGCCGUUGUGAUCGGUGCCUGGCAGGCUACUUUGGAUUUCCCACCUGCCACCCUUGCUCUUGCAAUGGGUUUGCUGAACUUUGUGAUCCAGAGACAGGAUCGUGCUUCAAUUGUGGAGGCUUUACAACUGGAAGAAACUGUGAAAGGUGCAUCGAUGGUUACUAUGGAAAUCCUCCUUCAGGACAGUCCUGUCGUCCUUGCCCAUGUCCAGAUGUGCCCUCAAGCAAUCAGUAUUUUGCCCAUUCCUGUUAUCAGAAUCCUUGGGGCUCAGAUGUAAUCUGCAAUUGUCUUCAAGGUUAUGCGGGUAUUCAGUGUGGAGAAUGCUCUCCUGGUUUCUAUGGGAAUCCAGGAAUUUCAGGCACUCCUUGCCGGCCAUGUGCCUGCAACAACAACAUAGAUGUAUCUGAUCCAGAGUCCUGCAGCCGGGUAACAGGAGAGUGCCUUAGAUGUCUGUACAACACUCAGGGCCCGAACUGCCAGCUCUGCAAACCAGGUCACUUUGGGUCGGCCCUCAAUCAGACAUGCAGAAGAUGCUCCUGCCACCCUUCCGGCGUGAGUCCCACUCAGUGUCACCCUGAUGAGGGAGCGUGCCUCUGUGACCCUGUCACUGGUGUGUGCCCUUGUCUGCCAAAUGUCACAGGCCUGGCCUGUGACCGUUGUGCUGAUGGACACUGGAAUCUGGUCCCUGGCAGAGGAUGUCAGUCAUGUGACUGUGACCCCCGGACUUCUCAAAGUAGCCACUGUGACCAGCUUACAGGCCAGUGUCCGUGCAAAUUAGGCUAUGGUGGAAAACACUGCCGUGAAUGCGAGGAAAAUUAUUAUGGUGAUCCACUGGGACGAUGCAUUCCAUGCAACUGCAACAAGGCUGGUACCCAGAAGCCCAUCUGUGACCCGGACACAGGCAUGUGCCACUGCCGGGAGGGUGUCAGUGGCCAGCAAUGUGACCGCUGUGCCCGGGGUCACGGCCAGGAGUUCCCUUCUUGUCUUCGAUGUCACUUGUGCUUUGAUCAAUGGGACCGUACCAUUUCUUCCCUCUCCAAAGCAGUGCAAGGGUUAAUUAGACUGGCUGCUAACAUGGAAGAUAAAAGAGAGACCCUGCCUGUCUGUGAGGCAAACUUCAAAGGCCUCCGAGAGAACAUGUCUGAAAUAGAAAGGAUUUUGAAACAUCCUGUUUUCUCAUCUGAGGAAUUCUUAAAAGUCAAGGAUUACCAUGACUCUGUUAGAAAACAAAUCAUACAGGUAAAUGAACAAUUAAAAACAGUGUAUGAAUUUCAAGAUCUGAAAGAAACAAUAGGAAGAAUAAGGAAUGAAGCAGACUUCUUACUUGAAGACUUUCAGGAAGAAAUUGAUUUGCAAUCUAGUGUCCUUAAUGCAAGCAUCAUGGAUUCCUCAGAAAACAUCAAGAAGUAUUAUCAUAUAUCAUCAUCUGCUGAAAAGAAAACUAAUGAAACCAGUUCCAUCAUAAAUAAUUCUGAAAAUACCAGGAAUGACUUACUUACCAUCUUAGAUACACUAACCUCAAAAGGAAACUUGUCAUUGGAAAAAUUAAAGCAGAUUAAGAUACCAGAUAUCCAAAUAUUGAAUGAAAAGGUGUGCGGAGAACCAGGAAACUUGCCAUGUGAGCGCUCGCCCUGUGGUGGCGCUCUCUGCACGGGCCCGGAGGGCCACAGGCAGUGUCGUGGUCCCAGCUGUCAUGGCUCCCUGGCCAUCUCAAGAAGUGCCCUCGAGAAAGCCCAAGAAGUAGAAUCUGUGAUUCAUAAUUUAGGCAACCAGUUUCAAGAGUUGAAGAAUCAGAUUAAAAAUAUAAGUAAAUUGGCAGAAGUUACCAAAAACAAUGCCUUACAGCUAAGUGAAAAACUGGGAAAUGUGGAAAACCAAAGUGACUCUGAGGAAGAAAAAAUGAAUCUUUUAAUCAAAAAUGUGAAAAACCUUUUGUUAGAGGAAAAUGUGCCUCCAGAGGACAUAGAGAAGGUUGCAAAUCGUGUACUUGACACUCACCUACCACUAAAGUCACAAAAUCUAACUCGUGAACUUGACAAAAUACGGAAACUCACCCAGCUCUGUGAGGACUACAGGACAGAUGAGAACAGUCUAAAUAAAGCAGCAGAAGGGGCUCAAAAGCUUUUGGUGAAGGCCAAAGUAGCUGGGAAAGCAGCAAAUGUUCUAAAUCUUGACAAAAUGUUGAACAAGUUGCAACAAGCUCAAAUCACUCAAGGAAGAAGUAACUCUACCAUCACACAGCUGACUGCUGAGAUAACAAAAAUAAAAAAGAAUGUGCAGCAGGCUGAAAAUCAAGCCAAGGAAAUGAAGAAUGAGCUGGACUUAGCAAAGCAACAGUCAGAGCUGGAGGAUGGACUUCCCGGGCUGCAAAUCAAGCUGCAAGGGAAUCAAGAUCAAGCCGUCAGUGCAAAAGUUCAGGCUGAAUCUGCCCAACGCCAGGCUGGGAGCAUUGAGAAGGAUUUUGUUGAGCUGAAAAAACAAUACGAUAUUCUCCAACGUAAGACAAGUGCGGCAGGACUGACAAAAGAAACAUUAGGGAAAGUGAAACUGCUAAAAGAUGCAGCAGAAAAAUUGGCUGGAGAUACAGAGAACAAAAUGAGAAGAAUAACAGAUUUAGAAAAGAAAAUCCAAGAUUUGAAUUUAAGUAGACAAGAAAAAGCUGAUCAACUGAAACAAUUGGAAGAUCAAGUUGUCGCUAUUAAAAAUGAAAUCGUUGAGCAAGAAAAUAAAUAUGUUACCUGCUAUACUUAG